GCCUGCUCAGCAAUGUCCAGCUGCUCAUGGUAAAACAUCCCCUCCCCCCUGCCUCCGGCACUCCUCACUUCCCUGGCACCACAAUUUUCCCGCCCUCUCCUCGUCAUCCCCGCUCGUGCGCCACCGAGAAGGGAGCCGCCCACCUUCCCGCACCAUGUCACUCCUCAAUAUCUCCGCCUCCCAGGGCAUCUUUCGCUGGGCCAUCGACAUCCUGUUUGCUUGGCUUUGGACCUACCUCGGUGUGAUGGCCGACAAGUCUGCUCGCCAUGUGAAGCAGGUUGUCUUCCCCCUGGCCAAGGGCAAGGUCCUCGAAGUUGGCCCCGGGUUUGGCCCGAACUUCGGAUACUACAACAAGGACAACAUCACCGAGCUCCACCUGAUUGAGCCCAACAAGGGCAUGAUCGGCAAGCUCAAGGCCAACGCCGCGAAGGCGGGCUUCACCAAUGCCAAGGUCACCAACUCCACCAUCGAGGCUGUUCCACUGGAGAAUGGCCAGUAUGACACCAUCAUCUGCUGCCUCGUCCUCUGCUCUGUCGAUUCGGUCCAGGAGGUGGUCAACAAUCUGUACCGCUCGCUGAAGCCCGGCGGCCGGCUGAUCUUCAUCGAGCAUGUCCAGGCCUCGGCCGGGUCUUACGGCAACCAGUUCGGCCCGGUGGUUGUGGCCUUCUGGAAGUUCGUGCAGAACAUGCUUACGCCCUUCUGGCGCACAUUCACCGGGCACUGCCAUGUGAACCGCCCGUCGGACCAGCUGCUCAUUCACCGCUUUGCCUGGGACCAGGUGUACACCUCGAGCCUGUCGGCUCCGGCCGCCGAGUUUGAGGCCCUCUCGCGCCGGAUUAUGUCCGAUUUCCCGGCCGAGAUGAGCCAGCUCUCCAGUGUUCCCGUGGCGGAGCCGUCGCAGAUGCCGGUCUUCAUGCGCCGCCUGACCCCGAAUGUGUGGGGUCUGCUGGUGAAGCCAUACAUUCGUUAGCUCAACCGAGCUCCAACCUCGCCGCUGCCGCUGCCGCUGCCGC